AUGGAAAAUAUCAUCAAUGGUUCUCCUUGGUCUUAUUCCAUUCAACCCAUCCAUAAGCAGGACUCCAUUUUUGUAAAGCUUGAAUGUUGUAAAUCCAUAAAAGAACUCAAACAAAUACAUUGCUAUGUCAUAAAAUUAUCACCCCAUCAAAAAAUACAACAAUCGUUUUACAAAAAAAUCAUAACUAUAUCUCCAAAAUUUAACAUUCUCGAUUUGGCCUACAUACACUCUCUUUUUAGUAAACUCGACAUCAUCCCAACUGUCAAGCUAUAUAACACGAUAAUAAGAUCAUUCGGUCGUAACCAUCCUUUACUGGCAUUGUUGUUUUACAGAGAUAUGCUUGAGAAAGGCUUUUAUGGAGACAGUUUUACGUACCCGUAUGUCCUUAAGGCGUGUACGCAUUUAUGUACGUUGGAACACGGCCAAAUGAUACACUCGCAAGUGGUAAAGAACGGGUUUGUUAUGAAUUUGUAUGUUGUGAAUAUGUUGAUCAGGUUUUAUAGUGAAUGUGAUCAUAUAGAAUGUGCACAAAAAGUUUUUGAUAAAAGUAGUGAAAAAGAUUUGGUGACUUGGACCACGUUGAUUCAAGGUUAUGUCGAUAUUGGUUGUUUCGAGAAAGGAGUUGAGUUGUUUGAGAAAAUGUGUGGAACGGGUCUUAUAGCGGAUGAAAUGACAAUGGUGGUUUUAAUCUCGGCUUGUGCCAAGUUGAGAGAUUCAAGACUUGGUAUGAAAUUGCAAAAGUAUAUGUAUGAUCAUGGCCUAAAUGUCAACGAUGUCUAUAUAUGUAACGCUAUGAUUGAUAUGUAUAUGAAAUGUGGUGAUGCGAGUUUAGCAGGUAAAGUUUUUAAUGACAUGUCAGUGAAAAAUGUUGUUUCUUGGAAUUCCAUGAUUUUAGGAUUUGUUCAGCAAGGAGAGUUCCAAAUUGCGUUGGACGUGUUUAAUGAUAUGAAGAAUCGAGGCGUUAAAUGUGAUGAUGUAACAUUAGUUGGUGUGCUCAAUUGCUGUGCUAAUUUAGGGACACUUGAACAGGGGAAAUGGGUGCAUUCUUAUAUAGACAGAAUAGGUAUUAAAGUGGAUGGAUUUGUAGGGAAUGCACUUAUAGAUAUGUACAUGAAAUGUGGACUAGUAGAAAAAGCCAAAUUCGUCUUUAAUCACAUGAAACGUAGAGAUGUUUAUACGUACACAAGUAUGAUCGCCGGGCUGGCAAUGAAUGGAAAGGGAGAAAAGGCUUUGGAAGUUUUCGCUAAAAUGCUUGAAUUGGGAAGUCAACCAAAUGAUGUAACCUAUGUUGGAAUCUUGAUGGCUUGUUCACAUUCUGGACUUGUAAAGGAAGGUUGCAGGCAUUUUGUUGAAAUGCAGACAGUGUAUAACAUUAGACCGCAGAAAGAGCACUACGGGUGUAUGGUUGAUCUCUUGGGUCGAGCAGGGUUAUUAACAGAGGCAGAGGAUUUUAUCGAGCAUAUGACUAUAGAACCUGAUGAUUUGGUUUGGGGGGCACUGCUAUCCGGUUGCAGGAUUCAUGGAAAUGUUGAGAUUGGGGAAAGGGUGAUGGAUAAAUUAGAUGAGCUGGAUGCAGAGAAAGAUGGUGCGUAUAUACUUAUGUCAAACUUAUUAUCCUCUUCUUAUAGAUGGAAGGAUGCGUUUAAGUUACGAGAGGCUAUGAAAGAAAGGAAGAUCAAAAAGACUCCGGGCUGCAGUUCAGUUGAAGUCGAUGGUGUGGUAUAUGAAUUCCAAAAGGGGGAUAAAUCACACGGAAAGACUAAAGAGAUUUAUAUGUUGUUGGAUAUAAUGGAAAACCAUUUAAAGAAUAGUGGACAGAUAAUAGACUGAACAAACUUCACAUAAAGAAUGACAGUAGAUGAUUGAUAGAUAGAAAUGGAAGUUACUACUAUAGCUGUUUAGUAGACGUCGAUUGAAGUUUCCAUGCUUACUGUUUUCGGUAAUUUAACGAGUUCUUUUAUAAUUUAACGAGUUCUUUUAUAGAGCCGAAAA